UCCCAAGAGGAAGAGAAGAAGGGAAAGGGAAGCAGAGAGAAAGCCAAGCGGAGUGGAGCAAGUUUGGAAAGGCAGGAGGAGAGAGAGAGCGAGAGGGAGCGCCUUUUGCACGUUUGGGACCCGUCCGAGCCUGCUUCUCUGCCUCUGGAUUUGUUGUUUCGAGCGCCCGCCCGCCGCCUCUUUCGGGGGGAAAAGAGAGGGCCAACGCAAUGAGGUUGAAGGCCUUCUGGCGGCUGCAGGAACGCUGGAAGAUCCUGAAUGGAGCCUCCAGAGAUGUCAACAAGACUUUGAAAACAGCGUACAGUUUGGAGCAUUGGAAAAAGGGAGCUUUAUUCAGGAGUCGGUAUCCCAACUCUGUAGCCAUCCAGAAAUGCAAGACGACUACCAGUUUCCCAGGAAAAGGAAGCCCGUCUGUGCCUCUCCAAGAAGACCUGCGGCCUCUGAAGAAUCCAGGAGAAUCCAGGAGGAGCCACCUGGCAAAUAUCAAACGUGGGCAGAUAUUCAAAGGGGUCUACAAAGUCCGUGUGGCCACUGGGGACUUUUUGGGUUCGGGGACCUUCGACACCAUCUCCAUCUCCUUGGUGGGCUCCAAGGGGGAGAGCCCCAAGCUGCUCUUGAACAACAGGGGGAAAGACUUCAUCCCUGGAACGGUGGAUGAGUAUGACAUCUCCAAUGACCAAGACCUGGGCGACUUCUUGAUGAUCCGCCUCCACAAAGACCGUUACCUCUUUUUCCCCGAAGACAGCUGGUAUUGCAGUUUUGUCCAGAUCACAACCCCCCAAGGAGAGACCUACCAUUUCCCAUGCUACCAAUGGAUGGAGGGGUACCGGACCCUGGACUUGAGGGAAGGGACAGCGAAACUGAUCUGUGACGAUGCCGACUCUCCACUACUUCUCCAGCAUCGGUCAGAGGAGCUGAAAUCAAGGCAGGACGCUUACAGGUGGGAUGUAUUUGCUCCUGGGAUGCCUCGGUGCCUGGAGGUGGAAAGCCUGGAAGAGAUGGACACCAACUCGAAGUUCAACUUCACCAAAAUCAGCGGCUUCCUGCUGAAGUCCAAGCUCACCACAUUGGAAUUGAAAUUAAAGGGAUUCAUGAACCGCACAGAGUCUUGGAAGAAGCUGUCAGACAUGCGGAACAUCUUCUGGUUCAACAAGACACCCGUUUCAGAAUAUGUUGCUGAACACUGGGAAGAAGAUACUUUCUUUGGCUACCAAUAUCUGAAUGGUGUCAACCCUGUGGUCAUUGAGAAAUGCACAGAGAUCCCAUCCAAUUUUCCUGUCACUCAGGAAAUGGUUGCUGGGUCCCUUGCAGAGUCUACAACUCUCCAGGAAGAAGUGCAGAAGGGGAACAUCUUCAUUGUGGAUUAUGAGAUCCUGCAAGGCAUCCCAACCAACAUUAUUGAAGGCGAGCGGCAGUAUUUGGCCAUUCCUCUCUGUCUCUUCUACCAGACGCCAACCAGGGACCUCAUCCCCAUUGCGAUCCAGCUCAGCCAAACUCCUGGUCCCGAGAACCCCAUUUUCCUCCCUAGCGACUCCAAGUGGGACUGGAUCCUGGCGAAGAUGUGGGUGCGGAACGCUGAUUUCCACAUCCACCAAAACCUUUCGCACCUCCUGCGGACGCACCUGAUGGCCGAGAUCUUUUCGAUGGCCGCCCUCCGGCAACUGCCCAUGUGCCACCCACUCUUCAAGCUGCUGAUUCCUCACUUGCGAUACACCCUCCAGAUCAACACUUUGGCCCGAGUCAGGCUGAUCAAGGAAGGAGGCAUGAUGGAUAGGGCCACGUCAGCCGGUUACGAAGGGAUUGUUCCUCUGGUGGCCAAGGGGGCUUCCAGGCUGACCUACUCUUCCCUCUGCCUCCCGGAAGACAUUGAAGCCCGUGGAGUCUCUGCAGUGGCCAACUAUUACUACCGGGAUGAUGCCAUGAACGUUUGGGUUGCCAUUGAAAGCUUUGUGAGGGACAUGGUCAGGUACUAUUACUGGAGUGAUGACCGUGUCCAGAACGACCCAGAGCUCCAAGCCUGGAUCCAGGAGGUCUUCAGGGAAGGUUUCCAAAGCAGGGAGAAUUCAGGCGCUCCUUCUUCUCUGGGGACGAGGGAAGAGCUCAUCAAAUUCAUGACAAUGGUGAUUUUCACCUGCUCAGCUCAACAUGCCGCAGUCAACAGUGGACAGUUUGACUUUGGCUCCUGGAUCCCCAAUGUCCCGCCCACCAUGCGGAGACCCCCACCCACCAAGAAGGGGACCGCAAGCUUGGAGAGCAUUCUUAAUAUCCUUCCCCCGGUCAACAUCACCUGCCUUGCCUUGACUUCUCUGUGGCUUCUAAGCAACGAGGUGGGAGAUCGGAGACUAUUGGGACACUUUCCAGAUGAACAUUUCUCCGAGACUGAGCCAAAGCGCCUUAUAAGAGGCUUUCAAAGCCGCCUGGCCAAAAUUUCUCAAGAAAUUAAUGAGAGGAACAAGUCGUUGGCGCUCCCAUAUGAAUAUAUCAAUCCUCUUCGGGUCGAGAACAGCAUCCAGAUCUAGGACUCGGGGGAUGAUGUAUGGAUUUUGUCAUUGCCUGGGCAUGGAUUGCCCUUCAUCCAUCUCCAAGACGCUU